AGGGCUCCGACACGGCCCCGGAGCUUUCGGAUGGCCCAAGAUAGCCUCAAGACUACCUCCGUAGCCACGUGCGCUAGAGGUCCAACGCCGUUGGAAAUUUGCUCAGUAGCUGGGCGCACAUGACGCGCUUCCUCGGGAUGAGUACAGCUCACAGCGCAAUGCUUUUGGCAUGGGCGGUGUAUUUGAUACUUGCUUUGAGCCUGAGCUUUUACGAUGCGUUGCCCUACGCGAUUUUCACAGUCCUCUGUGUGUCGAUCUACUUGCUGAAGUACUUUGAGGAUUCCAUCCCGGUCCCAGCUACGCCUGCGCUUGCCUGUCAUGCCUGCCUCGCCGUGCUAGGGGCAUUGGCGCUCGUCAUCAUCGCCUGGCAGAUCGCAACGGCUCCUGGAGAGCUGCGCCUGUUCAAGGUGCAGUCGGUGAUUGGAUUCUGUGCACUCGUGGGUUUUUCAUUUCUGACUUCUCACAAGAGGUCGAACAUCCCUUGGAGGCUCGUCGCGGCUGGCCUGUUAUGCCAGUUCUACCUAGGUGUGUUCGUGUUCAAGAGUCGUACAGGGUACAAGAUCUUUGAGUCCAUGGGAGAUGCAGUGUCGACUUUCUUGAACUUUGCUGAUGUGGGUGCAAUGUUUGUGUUUCAAGACUCAGACAAGACCUUCGCGGCGAACCAUAUAUUCGCAUUCAGCGUGCUCCCCAAGACGGUUUUCUUUUCGGCGGUCUGCUCAAUCAUGUAUUACUUGGGUGUUCUGCAGGCCACCGUGCGGGUAGUGGCGGCAGUCCUGAGGUUUGCGCUCGGUAGCAGCACUGUGGAGUCUGUGAACGCCGCGGGCAAUAUCUUCCUCGGGCAGACCGAGGCUCCUUUGCUGGUGAGGAACAUUCUUCCCAGCGCAACCCCGUCGGAAAUACACUGCAUCAUGACAGGGGGCUUUGCCACGGUGGCUGGAGGGGUACUCGCCGCGUACAUCGCCAUGGGCGUAAGCCCUAGCCAGCUCAUCGGAGCAUCGGUCAUGUCGGCCCCUGCCGCGCUGACAAUCUCGAAGAUCGUCUGCCCGUCGGGUGUGACGGUGGAGAAGCCGUCUGACAACAAAGGUCUCAUCACGGCCAGCGACUCAGACGUAGAGGACGACGCGUCGGACGCGACUGGGGACACCACCGCCACGGCCGAGGACACCGAGUUCGUCUUCCCAGCACCCUCCGAGAAAAACAUAGUUGAAGCCGCCGCCAAUGGGUCGAGCAUUGCCAUAGCGCUCGUCCUGAACAUCGCGGCGAUGCUAAUCUCUUUCCUCUCGCUCAUCGCGUUCUUGGACACGGUGCUGUUGAAGCUUGGGGCCAUGGUGCGGAUAACCUUGUCGUUCGAGGUGGUGUGUGGGUGGUUAUUCUUUCCAGUGGCGUGGAUCAUCGGAACACCAUAUGAGGACUGUGGCACUGUCGCCAGUCUCAUCGGCACCAAGAUCUUCCUGAAUGAAUUUGUGGCCUACCAGAAACUGUCCACGAUGAUCGGGGUGCAUCGGGCCAUCAGUCCACGCGGUGAGCUCAUCGCUACCUACUCGCUGUGUGGGUUUUCCAAUGUCGCUUCUAUCGGGGUCCAGGUUGGGGGCCUGGCUGCGCUGUGCCCAGAGAAGAAAUACGUGUACGUCUCUUUGGUCGUGUCGGCGAUGAUCGCAGGCAACACGUGCUGCCUCAUGACUGCCGCUGUGGCGGGAAUUCUGUCAUAAAGCAUGCGGCGCGCUUCCUUGCCCUCAGAGGUGGCCUUGCUACCUGCGCGAAGGCUGGACAAUCAGCAGCAUCGGACCCUGAUUCGUGCGUGCAUGCGGAUAAUUCGUGUUUGUCUCGCACAGGACGGCCAACAGCGUCACAACCACUAGGUUUUUUCAACAUUGGCUGGGGUUUUGGCGCACCCGCCGUGCCCCGUGUAAGGCCGCCCCCAGUGACGACGCGGACGUAGCGUUUCCAGAUGUGGCCUUGCAUGCCAUGCGUCCUCGAAGAAAAUGAUUCAAUACUGCCCAGGGGCCUCCAAGACGUCACGAGGCGCGCCAGGGUGCCCCCAAGAGGGCCCAAGGAGGCCACAGUCAUUGUUUGUCCCAGCUAUCGUGUGGUGUUCGGU